GUACAACCGAUGGAUGCCACAAUGCAUUGUGAUUCAAGUGCCGACGGGGAAGAGCUCGUGCAUAUAACGGAUGAGAUCCUGGGCAGUCCACGCGCCGCGCCGGUCAAGCGAAAAGGCGGCGGGCCCCGUCUGACGGACGCGCAGCGUAUGGAGAUCCUCCACGCGAUCGAGACUGCAGUAGAAGCGCAGGUAGACAACAAGAACUUACUCAAACCCAAGAUCCCGACCAAGCGCCUCGCCGACGAAUACGGCGUCACCCCUGCUGCGAUCCGCAAACUCGUCAAGCAAAAAGACAAGUUCUUGUCGCGCUUUGCGACUGGUCGAGAGGAUGUUCGGCAAACCCGUCGACGGGGUGGCGACGGUGCCAAAGUCGAAUUUGAACGGGAGUUGUAUCGGUGGGUGUGCGGACUCCGCGCGCGCAACGUGACAAUCGUUCCAUCUUACAUCCAGCAGCGCGCCCUCUUGAUUGCGAAGAAGUACCCGAACAUGGACAAAUUUCAAGCGUCAUGGGGAUGGUACUAUCGCUUCUGCAAUCGAUACAACGUCACUGGCACGUCGGCUGCCGCGGCAUCUACAGAUCCACGACAUCUCACGAAUCUGGACGACCCGUCGGAUAGUUCUCUACUCUCCCCCAUCGAUAUGCCGCUUCUCGUCGAGUCGUCGUCAGUGACGGUAUCUCCCCCGGUUUCCAUGCUUGCCAAGGCAUCCCCCGUGCCUCUUCCCGCGAAACCUCGCAAGAAGCAAGACUUUUACGAUGAAAAACUCUACCUGGAAGCAGCAAAGUUGGGUGAUACAAAUGCUAUUCAAGCAUGCUUGCUCAAGGGGACGUACGUAGACUCUGUGGAUGAAACUGGGUGCACGGCCUUGGUGCUGGCGACCAAAGGCGGCCACUUCAAUGUGAUCAAGUUUUUGGUUGAGCAUGGCGCCAAGCCCGACGCGACCGACGAGACCGGGUCCACCGUGCUGGUGCUGGCUAUCAAGCACGGGUUCUUCAACGCUGUCAAGGUGUGCCUGGAAGCGUCUGCCCGGGUGGAUGCCACCGACCCAAGCCUCAAGACCCCGCUGAUCUUGGCCGCCGAGCGCGGCGAUUUGAAAGCAGUCAAGCUCCUCGUCAAGUUUGGAGCCAACAUCGAAGCCACCGACGAGGACGACGGGACUGCAUUGAUGGCAGCACUCAAGCACGGUCAACGGGACGUGGUCGAGUUCUUGGUCAAGAAGGGCGCGAACAAGGAGGCCCGCCAUAUCGACGGCGCCACGCCCAUGGACCUCGCCCAUUCCCUCGGACAUGCCGAUCUCUUGACGUUCAAUGUAUAGCGAGCAGGUCAGCGCUGCAGUGUUAUUUAACAUGAGUCGACUCUGUUUCGUCUGAA